CUCCCCCUGACCCCCCUCCUUCUCCCUCCCUCCGGGCUCCGCAUUUCCCUUCGGCAGUGGGCCCCGCGGCUCUGGGCACCAUGCUCCGGCUCGUGAGGUUGCUGCUGCUGCUGCUGCUGCCUCCCUCAGGGUCCCCCGAGCCUUCCGAGCCCCCGGGCCUGGCCUCACUGUCGCCGGGGGCGCCUCCCCAGGCCCCCGACUUGCUCUUCGCGGACGGGCUGCGAGCCUACUCUGCCGGGGCUUGGGCACCCGCGGUGGCGCUGCUGCGAGAGGCGCUGCGGAGCCGGGAGGCGCUGGGCCGCGCGCGGCGGGACUGCGGGGCGAGCUGUGCGGCCCAGCCUGACGCCGAGCUUCCCGGCCAGCUCCUUGGCGUCCCGCAGUCUGCCUCCGGGCCCCGGGCCUGGGAGCCGCUGCUCCUGCGAGCCACGCUCCGUCGCGCCGAGUGCCUGACCCAAUGCGCCGAGCGCAGGCUGGGCCCGGGGGGCACAGCGCGACUCCGCAUGGGGAGUGUGCUGCGGGAAGCCUUCCGCCGACGGGAGCCUUACAACUACCUGCAGAGGGCCUACUACCAGUUGAAGAAGUUGGACCUGGCCGCUUCUGCAGCACACACCUUCUUUGUGGCAAACCCAACACACUUGCAGAUGCGGGAAGACAUGGCUAAGUACAGAAGAAUGUCUGGGAUCCGCCCCCAGAGCUUCCAGGACCUGGUGACACCCCUCUACUGGGCAGCCUAUGACACUGGCCUGGAGCUACUGGUGCAGCAGGAGGUGGCACUGGCACUGCCCAAACUGGAGGAGGCCCUCCAGGGGAGCCUAGCCCAUAUGGAGAGCUGUCGUGCUGGCUGUGAGGGACCCGAGGAACAGCAGGUGUCUGAAGAGGAGGUGGAAGAAGGGAGCCAGGGGGGCCUGUAUGAAGCCAUUGCAGGACACUGGGUCCGGGUCCUGCAGUGCCGGCAGCAUUGUGUGGCAGAUACAGCCACCCGUCCUGGUCGCGACUUCCCUGUCCCUGACUUCAUUCCCAACCAGCUGAGAAGACUGCAUGAGGCCUAUGCUCAGGUGGGGAACGUGUCUAAGGCCAUGGAAAGUAUCCUGAGUGUCCUGCUCUUCUACCCAGAGGAUGAGGCUGCCAAAAAGGCUCUGAACCAGUACCAAACUCAGCUGGGAGAGCCAAGACCUGGCCUGGGACCUCGAGAGGACAUCCAGCGCUUCAUCCUGCGAUCUCUUGGGGAGAAGAGACAACUAUACUAUGCCAUGGAACACCUGGGCACCAGCUUCAAGGACCCGGAUUCUUGGACCCCAGAAGCUCUCAUUCCCGAAGCUCUGAGAGAGAAGCUCAGAGAGGAUCAAGAGAAGAGGCCUUGGGACCAGGAGCCUCCACAGUCCAAGUCCUUGCCUUACUGGAAGGAUGUCCUUCUCCUGGAGGGUGUGACCCUCACCCAGGAUGUCCUUUCCCCUGUAGAUGUCCUUCUCCUGGAGGGUGUGACCCUCACCCAGGAUGCCCAGCAGCUGAAUGGGUCGGAGCGAGCCGUGUUGGAUGGACUGCUAACUCCAGCCGAGUGUGGGGUUCUACUGCAGCUGGCCAAGGAUGCAGCUGAGGCUGGAGCCAGGUCUGGCUACCGUGGCCGCCGCUCCCCUCAUAGUCCUCACGAACGCUUUGAGGGGCUCACAGUGCUCAAGGCUGCUCAGCUGGCCCGAGCUGGGACUGUGGGCAGGCCUGGUGCUAAGUUGCUUCUGGAGGUGAGCGAGCGAGUGCGGGCCCUGACUCAGGCUUACUUCUCCCCGGAGCGGCCACUGCAUCUUUCCUUCACCCACCUGGUGUGCCGAACUGCCAUAGAAGGUGAGCAGGAGCAGCGCAUGGACCUGAGUCACCCGGUCCACGCAGACAACUGUGUCCUGGACCCUGACACUGGUGAAUGCUGGCGGGAGCCCCCAGCCUACACCUAUCGAGACUAUAGUGGGCUCCUCUACCUCAAUGAUGACUUCAAGGGAGGCGACCUGUUCUUCACACAGCCCAACGCCCUCACUGUCACGGCUCAGGUUCGCCCUCGAUGUGGGCGCCUCGUGGCCUUCAGCUCUGGUGGUGAGAAUCCCCAUGGUGUGUGGGCUGUGACGCGGGGACGGCGCUGUGCCCUAGCACUGUGGCACACGUGGGCGCCUGAGCACAGGGAACAGGAGUGGACAGAAGCCGAAGAGCUGCUGCGGGAGGAGGAAGAAGAGGAGGAAGAGGAGGAAGAGGAAGAAAUUCUCAACAGAGAUCCUUCCCCAGAACCCCCAAGUCAUAAGCUUCAGCGGGUCCAAGACAAAGCUGGGAAGCUACUCAGGGUCCGAGAGGAACUCUGACUGCUGAGCCAACUUCAGCUUGUGAGCGAACCGAUGAGAAGGCCCAGUGACGUCAGGGACAGCGCAGCAGGCCCUGUCUCUUCAGUCGAUCAUCCUGGGGACCUAUGAGGGCCACCAAACCCUGGACUCACAAACUUACUACAAAGACUUAGCCUAGAGCCCACCAGGCCUGGAAGCCAGGUCUGGCCCCAUCUGGGGACAAACAAAGAUCAUUAUGCCUCCCUGAAAGGCUGAAAGGCAUGGCAAGGAUUGAAGGCUAACUGCUUCUAAUACAGAAGACACAGAGGAGACUAUCCCAUCCUCUCCCAACCCAUGCAAUAAAGAACAUGAAAAUUCCCCA